AUGUUAAAUGUUAAAAGUCUAAUUUUUACUGUAAGUCACGACUUGCUACCACAUGAGCUGGAUAUAACGAGUUUCAAUAAAUUUAAAGUUGCAUAUAUGAAUAUCAAGGAUACUUUAAAUCUUAUUAAUUCCAUAUAUGGUAUUCAGUUGACGUGCAUGUUGAUAUCGGCCUCAGCAUUAUUUAUAGCAACAUUUUACGUGAUUGCGUCUACCGGUAUUGAAGGUUAUAUUACAUGGUUGGACACGAUGCCAAAAGUUUUUAUUAUUUUAGUAACUCUCAUUGCUAUAUUUAUUUUAUCACAAUCUGCCCAAACAGUUCAAAAUAGUGUGGAGAGCUUGAGACGUAGUCUUGGUACCCUCAUCAUUAAUCUGGCCCCAGAUAAUGAAAACUUUAAGACAAUCAAAUAUUUUUUACGUUUAAUAUCGAACCAACCACUCAUAAUACGAGCAGUCGGCUACGUCAAUGUGGACAUGUCUCUAGUGCCCAAGAUGGUCAUGUUAGUUAUUUCUUACACUGUUAUCGCCUUACAAUUUAACAAUGUGGUG